AUGGAUGCGAUAUGGGCCAUUGGUCAACAUGGUUGUUGCUUAUGGUGUCCAUGGUUGACAUAUGGGCCAUUCGUCAACAUGGUUGUUGCUUAUGGUGUCCUUGGAGGACAUACGGGCAAUUGGUCAACAUGGUUGUUUCUUAUGGUGUCCAUAUUUGACAUAUGGAUGACAUAUGGGCCAUUGGUCAAUAUGUUACACUUUCGUGUUUGCUCUGACCAGAAACAUACAAUUGUCAAUAAAUGCAUAGAGAUGAGGAACCCAAAUAUUCUAUUCAGGAAUGGAUUGAUGAAGUUAUUUUUCUUAGAAGCUGAAUAUGAAGGGAAAACGAUGCUUGAAGAAGCAUCUGCAUUAGGACAUUUGGAUUCAACAUUUGUCCUGGGAAUGAUGCUGAUGGGUGAAGGGAGACAUGGGAAGCACGAAGCUUUGAACAUGUUGAACAAUGCUUACCGCAGAGCAAAAGGUAAGUGGAAUCUUAGAGAAACUUGUUCUAAGGUUCAUCUCCACUUAAAUAGGGAGGGGAGGAAACAUGUAUAG